GAUUCUAUAUAUCGUGCGUUCUGGACCUCUUUUGUUCACAACUUGAUUAUUUACUUCUUGCUCUCUAUUUGAAUCUUUCAUGGCUGAGACGGCAUCACUACCGCUGGUUUCCUUACCUAAUAAAAUGGCCACUGUAAAAGUUUUAGCUGAAUCUCCCGGCCUGUCUUCCAUACCAUCCACUUACACUUUCCCCAAAAAUGAAAGUGAUAAAAAAUCUUCAGUUUCAGACACUGAAUAUGAUGAUAAUUUAAUCCCUGUUAUUGAUUUCUCUUUACUCACUUCUUCAUCUCCUGAGGUUCGCUCCAUCAUCAUCAACGACCUCCGCGAAGCCUGCCAAAAAUGGGGCUUCUUCAAGGUGAUAAAUCAUGGGGUACCGGAGAUCCUAAUGAAGGAAAUGAUGGAGGAAUGCAAAAUUUUUUUUGAUCUAACAGAAGAGGAGAAGGGAGAAUUUGAAGGAAAGCAUGUACUAGAUCCCAUAAGAAGUGGGACUAGCUUUAAUGCAUCUGUUGAAAAGGUCUUCUGUUGGAGGGAUUUUCUUAAGGUUUUUGUUCAUCCGCAGUUUCAAUCUCCCACCAAGCCCUGUGGAUUCAGAGAGAUUUCAGAAAAGUAUUGCAAAAGAACCCGAGAGGUGGCAAGAGAAUUGCUUAAAGGAAUAUCAGAGAGCUUGGGUCUGGAAGCCUCCUACAUCGACAAAACUCUAAAUCUUAAUUCAGGUUUGCAACUACUGAUUGCGAACCUCUAUCCACCGUGUCCACAACCUGACCUUGCAAUGGGAUUGCCCCCUCAUUCUGACCAUGGCCUUCUCACUCUCUUAACACAAAAUGGUAUUGGUGGUCUUCAAUUGCAACACAAUAGCAAGUGGGUCAAUGUCGAUGCUCCACCCAACUCUUUUCUUGUCAACACUGGUGAUCAUAUUGAGAUUCUGAGUAAUGGGAAGUACAAAAGUGUUGUGCAUCGAGCUAUUGUAAACAGUAAGAGUACAAGGAUAUCUUUAGCCAUUGCAAAUGGACCAUCGCUUGACACAGUUGUUUGUCCGGCACAAGAGUUGAUAGAUAAUGAAAGUCAGGCUCCAGCAUACAAGGGGAUGAAGUAUAUUGAGUAUUUGGAACUUCAACAAAGCAACCGACUCCAUAUAAAAUCCUGCUUGGACCGAGUGCGACUGCUAAACUUGAUUAACAUAUAGUAUUAAAUAUAUUAUCGACCAAUUGCUUCUCAAGGGCAAUACUAGGGAAUUUCAUGUUUAAUCAUAUUGUUAUGAAUUUCAUUUUGUUAAUGACCAAAAUGUUUUUUGAGAAUUGGCUCAACAUAAGGAGGUUAAGUUCGGAGUUAUAGUUGUCA